AUGGCUCAGGCCAUGGCAGGCCCUGCAGGCAGCAAAGCCAAACAUUUCUAUUUCAUUUGCUUAAUGGAGCACUUCAGAAGGGAGUGUGAGAGCUGGCUGAUCAUUUAUUUUGAGUCAUCCAAGUUAUAUUUGAGGGCACCUGGCGGUGUCAACUGGGUAUACACAUAUAAACAGAGGUCAAUCACACGCCAAAAAGUCACAGCUAUGCAGCCUACAAACUCAGAAGGUCUGGAAGACAUGGCCGCACUGAUAGACCUCCAUGAAGGGGCCAUCAUGUACAAUCUAUUCCAGCGAUAUCAACAAAACAAAAUUUAUACUUAUAUUGGUUCCAUAGUUGCCUCCGUAAACCCCUACAAGACCAUUCCGGGCCUCUACGACCGCGCCACGGUGGAGCAUUAUAGCCGGCACCACUUGGGAGAGAUUUCGCCUCAUAUAUUUGCUGUUGCCAACGAGUGCUACCGCUGCCUAUGGAAGCGUCAUGACAACCAGUGUGUUCUCAUCAGGUACCGAAAUACUCUUUAAUUGUUGCUGAAUCUU